AUGACCACACAUACAAUCCGCAAAGUCGUCUACUCUGCCUUUGGCGGCCCUUCCAACGUCAGCGUUGUCACAGCUCAAAUAGCCCCUCCCGCCAAGUACGAAGUCCAAUGCGAUGUCAUUUACUCUGGCUUUUCCGGCGCCGACAUCCAGAUGCGGAUUGGCACGUACCCCUUGCAAAGAGAUGCACCAAUGACACCCGGCUACUGCUUUGUUGGUCGCGUCAGCGCCAAUGGCCCCAAAUCCACCAAAUUCUACCCCGGCCAACUCGUCGGGGCUCUCACCAUGUACGAUGCCGAAGCCCAGAAGAUCAAUGUCGCUGAAAAGUAUUUGAUCUCUAUUCCUGAACAUGUUGAGAUGCGUCAAGCCCUCGGCGUCAUUCUCGACUGGAACACCGCCUAUGGUCUGGUUCAUCGCGCCACUGAUCUGGUCAGGAAGGGUCAGCGCGUCUUCAUCCACUCCAUCAGCGGGGCUGUCGGUUAUGCCACCAUGACCCUGUGCUUACUUGAGGGCGCUGAAGUUUAUGGCACAGCGUCAGAGCGCAACCACGCGUCGCUGCGGGAGCUUGGAGUAACACCAUUUACCUAUGCGGAUAAGAACUGGAAGGACGAAAUGAAGCAGCGCGGUGGUGCACACGUCGUCUACGACCCGAUAGGUUUUGAGCACUACAAUGAUUCCUGGGACAUUCUCAUUAGGAACGAGCCCAGCCGACUUGUCGGGUUUGGUGGUAACAUGAACAUUAUCCAGGGCGACGACGCCAAACCGCGGUCGCAGUUCUCAUCGCAGGUUAAGCUAUUGGCCAAAAAUGGCUGUCUCGUCACCAGAAGAAGCACUUCAUUCUACUAUAUCGACCGCGACCGUUCGACAUACAUGGAGGAUUUGCAUUCGGUCAUGUCCAUGCUUGUCGCUGGCAAAUUCCAGGUGCCAGUUAAAAAGACGUGGGACUUGGAGAACGUUAGGGAAGCUCAUGAGACUUGGGGUAAAGUUCCUGGAGUUGGCUCCUGUUUUGUCCGCGUGGACCCCAACGCUGCUCUCUAG